AUGGCAAAAUGUCGGCAAAUCGACGAAAUCCAACACAUUGACGCUAAAUAUGCAGAAACAUUCAAGAAAGCACUCACCAGAUUUAACCAAACUGAUAAAAUUAGUAAUAAUGAAUCAUCUUUAGAUGGCAAAUGUCCGCGUUGUGAGCAUGAAAACUCUGCUGAAAUUGUUAAUUCAUUGCUUGAAUAUAUCCCUGAAGAAAGGCUUCAAAAUAUAGAGACUAGGUGUGUAGAUGGUUUCAGUACUAUUUAUACAGCGAAAUGGAUUGGUGGAGAAAUUGAAAGUAUAGACUUUAUUAAAUCAAGUAUUAAAAGAAAAGGCCCGCAACUUGUCGUAUUAAAAACCAUACCGCAAGAACCUAAAGAGGAAGAUGCUCAUUCAUUAAUUGCUCGAGGUUACUGUAAACUUCCUUGGCAUACUAGACUUCUACAUUUACUUAGUCUCAGUAGGAAACUUGUAAUUAUUCAUCAUGAAGGAAUCAUACAUGGUGAUUGGCAAUGGCCAGAGAUUCCAAAACACACACCAGCUGCGUUUGCUGAGUUAAUCACUCGAUGCUGGGAUCCAAAUCCAGAUAAGCGAUUAAAUGCUCAUGAAGUUUUUAUAAACAUUGGUCGAUUAUUUUAUGUGACAAUUGAUUAUUACUCUAAUCUUUUUGUCGAUAAAGGUGAAUUUAAACUUCCAAGUAAGGAUAAAUUUGUUGAAUAUUUCACCAAACUUGAAAUAGCCGAAUACGAUGAAGUUCUUGAAUUUUUUAAAGAUGAUUGGUUUAGAAUGACAAGACCAUCUCCAGAAAAGAUACCUGAAAA